AUGUUAUCAGAAUGUUCAGAUAUCUCAGACACUGAGAUGGAUCUGAAUGAUCAGAUUAUUAGACAAUUGAAAAAUAUUUCUUUCGAGCAAAUAGAUUCAAAUAAUAUUCAUGAAAACGAAUUAACAAAUAUCAUUGACCAGAAGAUUGUGAAAGACUAUAGCUAUGAUUAUUGCCGUGGAAUAGUGAAUAUUAUUUUAUUAAGUGACAUUAAAAAAAAUGAUAAUAUAAAAAAAGAGUUGUUAGAAAUAGGAUGGGUCAAUACAGUAAAUAUUAUAAUUGAAGAAGCAAAAAAUAACAAAAAGUCUUCAAUCGAAGACAAAAACAACGAAAUUUUGUUAUCUCUUGAAAAGGUUGUUGAUCCUGACUUAAAUAAAGACAUUGUUAGCUGUGGAUUCGUUAAAGAUUUAUCUUUUGACCCAGAAUCAUCUAAAGUAUCAUUCACUCUGGAAUUGACUACACCAAUUUGUCCAUUAAAAGAUUCUUUUGAAAGAAGCUGUAUUGAAAUUAUUAAAAGUGAAAGAAGUUAUGUGAAAGAAGUUGAUAUAAAAUUUACCUCCAGACCUAAAAAAAAAAAUGAACUUAUUUCCAAAGAAAAAAUACAUGAGAAUCUCGAAAAUGUAUCUAAUAUAAUUGCAGUUAGUAGCUGCAAAGGUGGUGUUGGUAAAUCCACCAUUUCUGUAAAUAUCGCAUUCACUCUAAGCCAGUUGGGGGCAAAAGUUGGUUUAGUAGAUUGUGAUUUAUAUGGGCCAAAUCUUGAACAACUUAUUCCUUUGGAAGAAAACACUGUAUUUUAUAAAAAACCGAGUAAUGAGAUAGAAGAAAUAAAGACCAACGUAAACAAAAGGGGUCUUUCGAAGACUAAUAGUUUAAAAUUAACAAAUCAUGAUUCAAGAGAAGGUUUUGUCCCACUUGUCUAUAAAGGUGUACAAUUAAUUAGCUAUUCAUAUUUACUCAAUGCAAAGAAACAUACAAAUGGUACUAGUAAGGUUUCAAAUAUUUUAAGAGGACCAAUUGCAGGGUCAAUUGUUACGCAAUUAAUUACUGGAACGGUCUGGGACGACCUUGACUACUUAGUCCUUGAUCUUCCUCCAGGCACAGGUGAUAUUCAACUUUCAAUUGCGCAAACAAUAGCCAUUGAUGGAGCAAUAAUAAUUACAACCCCCCAAGAUUUAAGUAUUGCAGAUGUAGAAAGAGGAAUAAAUCUAUUUGAUAAAUUGAAUAUUCCAAUUCUAACAGUUGUUGAAAAUAUGUCUUACUUUAUUUGUGAUGGAUGUGAAAAAAAACAUGAGAUAUUCUCCAGAGGUGAUUUUUCUCUAAUUACUGAAAAAUAUGGUCUUGAAUGCAACUUUAAUUUUCCUUUAUUUUCGGGACUUUCAAAGUGUAAAUUUUAUUCUAAUUUAAAUGAAGCUGAUUUUCCAUAUGUCAUUGUUGCAAACAAAAAUGAUAACAUAUAUUUGGAGUUUGUAAAACUAUCAGAAUUUAUAGCAAGGAAAUUAUCGAAAAAUAGAUACAGUGAUUAUAAACCUAAUUUUGAAUUUGAUAACGAUAGAAAGAUAGUUAAUUGCCAAAUACCAAAAGAUAUUAAAGAAAUUUUUUUUCAAGAUAAAAAAGUGAAUCAAUUAACUAGAUUUAAUGUUUCAUAUAGUGAAAUUAGGCAACUAUGUAGAUGUGCUAUAUGCUAUGAACCAGGGAAGAAUCAAUUCAAGGAAAUAUAUGACCCAUCUACAUUAAUGAUUGACCAACUUGAAACUAUGGGUUCAUAUGCUAUUACUAUUACUUGGUCAGAUGGUCAUACAAGCAUCGUUUCAUAUUCUAAUCUUAUAAAAAAGUUUGUAAAUGAAGAUGAAAUCAAACUAUGCCAAAAAGAAUCGUUAGUUUGGUAA